AAACCAAACCGCGAAGAUAGUUUGGUAAACAGAAUUCGCAUCGGUUUUGGUGUGGUUUGGCUCAGUCUGAGUAUAGGGGAGAAAUUUUGCCAGAGAAGUUGGUAACUAAUGAGCCAGAGAAGGUGGUAACUAAUGAAACAUUUUUGUAUAAACCGAUAUAUGGAGUUCUUGUAAAGUUGGUUUAGGUAAACCAAAACAGAAUUCACAUAUCGGUUUUGUUUCAUUUUCAUUAAAUUCGGAUUAGUGAGUGAGUACUUCAUAUGUAACUGGAAAAUGGCUCUGACGAUUAUCGAGUUGGUGAAGUAGAAAGUUAUGGUCAAACCCUAAAAAAUUUUGACUCCUGUCUCUCCCGCUUCAUCUUCUCCAGUUAUGGCUAUUGUACCCAACACUUGCAAUCGCAACCGCAACAUCUCGUUCCGACAUUCCCCAGAUUUGAAGGCUCGCUCGGACAAACCAGUUUCUUCGUCUUGUAAUAAUACUACAAGAACAUCGAGUCUCAGACAAGAAUUUCACGCCAGUUGCAAAGGGUUUCUUAGAUUCAAAUUGUGGGUUCGUGCUUCAGUGUCAUUAAAAAAGAAAGCAGCAAGACGUCUUAGAGAUGAUCAUAAAGAUUCACAAUCUCAACAAGUUGUUCCAGAUGAUGACAGGAUUGAGGAACAUUCUUCUUCUACUAAUUGGGGUUUUAAAAAUGGCAACAAUUUCUUAGUAUCAUCAAUAGAUAAGAAGAAGCUUGCUGAGAUUUCUCUAUGUGGUGAACCUUUCCGACCACUCAAAGAGGAGGAAGUAGCUCAAGUUGAGAGUGCCUUCUCUAGGAGCAAUGGAAUGAAGAUCUUGGUUUCACAUAAAAAGUCCAAUAUUGAUAUCUCUGGAGAUACUAUACAAUGCCUAAUGCCGAAUCAAUGGCUUAACGACGACGUCAUUAAUCUCUAUCUCGAGUUGCUGAAAGAGAGAGAAACUAGAGAUCCCCAAAAGUACUUCUUCAAGUGUCAUUUCUUCAAUACCUUCUUUUACAUUAAGCUCGUAUGCGGCUCUGGUUACAACUACAAAGCUGUCAAUAGAUGGACUACCAAGAAAAAGCUAGGAUAUUAUCUUAUGGACUGUGACAUAAUAUUUGUUCCAAUCCACAUAGGUAUACAUUGGUCCCUGGCAGUGAUUAACAAUAGGGAGCGCAAGUUCGUGUAUCUUGAUUCAUUAGUUAAUGGAGUUAAUCCUGAAAUUUUGAAUGCUCUGGCAAAGUACUUGGUGGAUGAAGCAAAAGAAAAGAGUAAAAAGAAUAUUGACGUUAGUUCAUGGGACAUGGAAUACGUUGAAGAAUGUCCUCAGCAACUGAAUGGGAACGACUGUGGGAUGUUUAUGCUUAAAUACAUUGAUUUUUACACUAGAGGAUUGAGUCUACAAUUUAGCCAGAAAGACAUGCCAUACUUCAGGUUAAGAACAGCAAAUGAGAUACUGAGACUGCGAGCCGACUAAUAGUGCCCUCUUCUUGUUGACAUCAGCUUGCUAUUUUACAAAGCCAACAAUGAUUCAUAUUAGAUAAGCUGUGGCGAAUGCUAGAUAUCUUUGUAGCUUCCUCAAAAUAUUUGUUUAAUUUUUCAUUCUUUUGAAAAAUAUAGAAGAAUCGAAAGGUUAUAUUUGUUGAGAACCUUUUAGAAUUCUGUUUUAUUGUUUAGUGAAGGAUGAAUCUUCAUUUUGUUUACCCUAA